AAUCCAGCCCAGCAUUGCCCCUGCGGCCACUGCCGGUGACUCGUCAGCCCGACCAAUCUCUCGCCGCGCCGCAUCCCUGUCGUCUCCCCCACUCCCGAGCGCAUCCUCCCGGUCUCCCCUCGAUCCGACUCGAGCUCGUUGCUAGGGUUCUCCACCGUCUCCCAUGGCGGACGAAGCCAACCGAGCCGCGUUCAUGGAGCUGCAGUCCCGGAUGAUCGAUACUACCGGGAAGAUCAAGCAGUUACAAACCCAAAUGCGUUCUAAAGAGGGUGAAAAGAAGCGUGCUUACCUCACUUUGGAGGAACUUCGCCAAUUGCCAGAUGAUACUAACACCUACAAGACUGUCGGAAAAGUGUUUAUUUUGGAGCCAAAAUCGGUCCUGUUGAAUGAGCAAGAGCAAAAGCUUAAUGACAGUGAGAGUGCAAUAGCAUCAAUGCAGACAUCCAAAGAAUAUCUUGAGAAACAGUUGGGAGAAGUGGAGAACAACAUAAAAGAGCUGCUUCAACAGGACCCUGGGCUUGCACGCCAGAUUCUCUCGAUGACUGUUCAAUGAGAUUUGUUCACUCUGCAUUUACUAUUAGAUCAGAUGUUGAUCAACACAUACUCUGUUUUUGCCCCUUUUUAGAUUUUGAGAUGCGGGCAGUGAUUCACUGUAAUGGGUUUCAUGUAUGAACAAAAGAAUUUGCACUUGGUCCUGCGAUUAAAAGAAUUUGCACUUGGUCCUGCAA